CCGCACCAGUGCACCACCAUCUCUGUCCAGUGACACACGAAGAAUCAAUGGCGCAGCUGCCGCAGCAUUCUAGCCACAGCAUUUACUACAUCGGUUACACGGCGGACGCCGCGGCGUCCUGCUCAUCGUCGUCCUCCUCCUCUUCGGAGAUGCUUCAGUUCGACACGGGCUGCUGCCUCGAAGAGACACCUGCUUCUCCCGCUGCGGCGGCGAGGAGGACCGCACGUGAUAACCAAGGGCGGGGGCAGCCGAAAGCGGAGCCGGCGGCGGCGUUCAUCGGGGUGCGGAGGCGGCCGUGGGGCAGAUUCGCGGCGGAGAUCCGGGACUCGACGCGGAACGGCGCGCGCGUGUGGAUCGGCACGUUCGACAGCGCCGAGGCCGCCGCGAUGGCCUACGACCAGGCCGCGCUCUCGGCGCGCGGGCCAGCCGCGGCGCUCAACUUCCCCGUGGAGCGGGUGCGCGAGUCGCUCCACGCGCUCGCGCUCGGCGCGGCCGGGGGGUCGCCCGUUCUGGCGCUGAAGCGGCGGCACUCGAAGCGAAAGCGGCGCAAGAAGGCUGAGCUGGCCACGGCCACGGCCGCGGCGAACGCCACCACGCAGACGCGGAGGAGCAAGAGCACGGAACUGCCCGCCACCGAAGAUGAGUCAGACGACCACAAGAGGUUCGUCGUGGAGCUGGAGGACCUCGGAGCCGAGUACCUCGAGGAGCUUCUCUGGCUGUCGGAGACAUGACUGAUCCAAAAGGUUGGCAGGGCAAGGCAGCUUGUACACACGCAGUGCAACGUGCUGCAAACUGCAAAAGCUGCAACUGGAAGUAAUACUUUAGAAUUUAGAUACUGUCUACUGCUCCGUCUACGUAUUCUCCAUCCGUCUUAUUUAAAAGAUUUAUUAAAAAAAUUAAAAAAAU